AUGAUUGCCAGAAGCAACAACAGUGUGAUGAACUUAACAUACAUCUCCAACUCUUCAGAUGCAGUUGCCUUGCACAAUGUGAAGGCUGCAAGCUCUGUCAACCACUACAUCUCCAACUCUCUGGGCGCAGUUGCCUCACAUGAUGUGAAGGCUGUGAGCUCUAUCAACCACUACAUCUCCAACUCUCCAGGCACAGUUGCCUCAUAUGGAACAAAGGCUGCAAGCUCUGCUGACCACUACAUCUCCAACUCUCUGUCCUCCAGUGUCCUGUGGCUUGGCAAGUAUCUCAGCCAUGAAGAAUGGGAGGCAUUGUUGAAAAUGUGUGCCAAUCUUCAGGCAUAUAACAAGGCAGCUGAGGAGUUAGGAGAGAUUCAUGGAGAGAUGAUUGUGAACAUGGUUGCGGAUUUUGGGGAGCAAACUUAUCAAGUGUGUUCCGGUGUUGUGUAUAGUGCAGGAGGCUAG